AUCAAAGCCGUUUGAGUUUGGCAAACAGGCAUUUGGUGAUCAGAAACCAAGCUGGUGGUGAUGAUGGCUGAAACUCAAACUAAAGCAUAAAGAAAGCGACACUGUGUUGAAUGAGUGAACCCGAAAGCUGCUCGCUAUAUAAACAGCAACAUGUGGAGGAGAUGCGCUCAAGUUUCCUGAUGAGUCGCUGCAUGUGACACAGAACAAAGGAGCGCGCGAGCGCAACCCAAAACAUGACGCGUGUGACUCUCGUGCCUGAGGGAUGCGUGGAUUUUUAUUCUUAUCAAUAAUAUGAGUGGCCAUGGCUUGGUGUGACCGUGGGAUUCAGAUGCUGCUGGCCACCGUCGGUGCUUUUGUGGCGUUUAGUUUGAUGAGCAUCGCGAUCGGGACCGAUUAUUGGCUUUAUUCGCGGGCUUAUAUCUGUAACGCAACCAACAUCACCUCGGAUGAGACGCAGACGCAACCCAAGAAAGUGCGCGGAGAUCUUACGCACUCCGGGCUGUGGAGGAUCUGCUGUAUUGAAGGUCUGAACAAGGGAACUUGUUACAGAAUCAAUCAUUUCCCUGAUGAUAAUGAUUAUGACACGGACAGCUCGGAGUAUCUUUUACGUAUCGUGCGCGCCUCCAGUGUUUUCCCCAUUCUCAGUACUACACUGCUGAUGCUGGGUGGGCUGUGUGUUGGAGUCGGCCGUAUCUACAGCAAGAGAAACAGCAUACUACUGAGCGCCGGGAUCCUGUUUGUGGCAGCAGGUCUGAGCAACAUCAUCGGCAUAAUCGUCUACAUCUCCAGCAACGCCGGAGACCCCAGCGACAAGCGGGAUGAGGACAAGAAGAACCAGUAUAACUACGGCUGGUCUUUUUAUUUCGGCGCACUUUCGUUCAUCGUCGCCGAGGCCGUCGCUGUUCUGGCCGUCAACAUCUACAUCGAGAAGAACAAGGAAGUACGUUUUAAAGCACGCCAGGAGUUCAUCAAGUCUACCUCGUCCUCUUCGCCAUACUCCCGCAUGCCCAGUUUCCGCUACCGCAGGCGGCGCUCACGGUCCAGCUCUCGCUCAACCGAGGCGUCCCGCGAGGCGUCGCCCGUGGGGAUGAAGAUGAUGAGCUCAGUGCCUUUAGGAGAAAUCAACAUGUACACGUUGACGAGAGACCCGCUGAAGUCAGGGACGGACAGCUCGUACAGCCCUGACCACGAUUCUGGAUUCCUCCAAGUGCACAACUGUUUUCCCAAAGACCUUAAUGACGGCAUCAACAGGAGGACGACGCCCGUAUGAGGGUACAAAUUGGAACGGAGAAGAUAACGUGAAGGCCAUAUUGAAUGGAUAGCCAGCCGGGCUCAAUGGCCUGUGACAGAUAGCGGUGAAAGGGAUUCUCAUUGGUGCGACCAGUCAAGCGAUGUCAUAUCUUGUCGGCGAAGGAGAAGCACUGUGCUCGGAAGGACGGAUUUGGUUGCGGAAUUCUACGACCGUGGUGAAAAUGCUAAUUUGUAUUUCCAGUCUCGCUUCUUACAUACAAACGGGAAAUCUCAGAGAGACUCGAAAUGAAGUAGAUGGUCUAUGGACGUUACAGUGGUUGUGCUUAAAUGAGCACAAACUUCAUAUAAGCCACUCGAUUAUCUUGUUGUUUGUCAGUACAGUGCCAUACUCUCGAUGUAUACCAAUAUAAAAACGGACUCAGAAUUUGAGAUGGUGCUAAUGUUGGCUGAAAGCUGAAGCCUUGCCCUCAAUGGAUGUUCGGUUCAAACUCGAGAUGAAUAUACUUGUCGUAUGUUUGUAGUCACAGUUGUCUAACCCUCAGUGUGCCUGACUUCAGACUUACUCAAGAGCCACAACUCACUUCAAUGGAGUUUUUCUAUGUUGUUGUAAAACCAGAUUAUUAGUUAAAGGUGAUGUAAGUCAUUCUUGAACUUCCCUUUUUUGUUCCCCCAAAUAUUGGUUGCAAUGUACAGGUACAUGUGAAAGGCAGAAAACGCCUUAAACACAGGGAGCAAAUUUACGCGUAAAAGACGUUUAAAGCCGUCCAAACACAGCCCAGAUGUCUAGGCUAAAACAAGGCAAUUUGGGCUCUCAGUGAAACUUUAGUAGAAGUUUAACCAUCGCCCAAAAAUAAAUUAAAUUAAAUAAAUUAAUUAAUGACACUGUUGACUUUACUUGGUGAAAUAUCAGACAUUUCGCAAGUUCUUUUGGCAAAAACAAUAUAGACGGUUUACACGUCUGGAUCCGAACUUUACUUCCGGUUUCGUUUUUUUAAUGGUCUGACUAGUUGCUAAACUGAUCUCUUGAACAAAUGCCUCGUCGAAAAUAACAAAUGUUUUGGUUUCCUAGGUAAUCUAUGUGUUGUUUUUUUGCGUGUUAUAUAAAUAAACUACGGUUAAAGAACUUUGUUGUUAUUUAUUCUUAGCGGAGUUUACCGGAAGUUAUGUGUGGACCACGACAGCCGCUUGUUUAUGUUGUUACUGCUGAAACCGUCUAUAUAACCAAAUAGUUUGGAUAGAAGUGGGUUAUAGCCUGGUCUAUAUAGUUAACCUAGACGGUUAAAUUCCGACUAUUGCUUGGUGAUAAGUUUUCCGAUUGGCUAAACUGUUAAACUGUGGCCCACUUUUGCCCGCUGUGUUGGUGUGACUCCUAUUGCAGUGAUAACUAUCAGGUAAAGGGACAUAUUCUGUUAAUUUAUGAAAAAUCACUUACAUCACCUUUAAUUAAAUUAUAUAUCAAGUAAAUUUAAAUUUAGAAGAUUUACCAUUAUUUAGUUAACACCCUGCUGAAAAAACAGCUUAAGGAUUUCUAUUCUGGCUGGUUUAUUCUUGUUGGUGCUGGUAUUGGGAUGGUCUAGCUGGUUAGCCUGUUCUGGUGAAGCUAGUUGGCCAAGGAAGUCUUAAGGCUGGAUUUUAGUUUGUUUUUUACAUGAACUUUGCCUCACGCGCACCGUACGCAGACCCUCGUGUAUGCGUAAAAAAAACUAUAUUUUUAGCUUUCUUAAAGGAUUACUCCACUUACUCCCGAAAAUUUACUCACCCCCAUGUCAUCCAGGAUGUUUAUGUCUUUCUUUCUUCAAUCGAAAAGAAAUUAUGUUUUUUGAAGAAAACAUCCCGUAUUUAUAUAGUGGACCUCAACAGUUUACAGUUUCAACGCAGUUUAAAAUUGCAGUUUUAAUGCAGCUUCUAAACGACCCCAACCGAUGCAUAAGUAUCUUAUCUAGCAAAACGAUUGUCAUUUUUGCAAAAACAAGUACUUUUAAACCACAACUUCUCAUCUUGCACUAGCCGUGUGAAGCGCAAGCGCGACCAUUACUUAUUACGUAAUCACGUCGAAAGGUCACGCAACAAUAAACUGCCACAAAGACAUUAAUUAAUAUCAUUCCACAUACUGUACAACAACGUUGUAAACACUGGAGGGCUAGUUUCGCAUACAUCAUGCGCAUCAUAAGGCUAGUGCAAGACGAGUUGUUGUCAUUUAAAGUUAUUUUUUUGGGGGGUUGAUUGUUUCAGUAGAAGCGUCCCUUAUGCCUUGGUUGGUAUUGUUUAGAGUUUAGAGAGCCUUUGAAGCUGAAUUGAAAUUGUAACUGUUGAGGUCCAGUAAUGUUUUCCUAAAAAAACAGAAUUUCUUUUGGACUGAACAAAAAAAGACAUAAACAUCUUGAAAAAUAUGGUGGUGAGUAAAUUAUCUGGAUUUUUUAUGAAAGUGGAAUAUUCCUUUAACACGAAUCAGUAUUGAUGACCGGUAUAAGUGAGCUCUCCUUCCCAGGGGCGUUGCACUAGAUCUCGGGCCCUAUGCAUAGGCAGUCCUGAUGGGCCCCCAUUAGAGUUCUCAACGGGCCUUAAAAUUACAACCCGACCCGGCCCGUGGCUUUUAAUGCCCGGACCCGAUGUAACCCGACACAUCAACGUGAAUUAUCUGUCCGAACCCGACCCGCGGCCCGACGCCGCCGAAACCCCUCCCACCCCCCGCCUUUUUUUUCUCAUACACGUAGUAGGCUAUUAUCAUGACCAGCAGACGGAAAUUCAAACCAAGCUUUAAUGUUCACGCCUUUUAAAAAUACAAACAACGUAAACAAUAAACUUUAAAUAUAGGCUAUAUAAAUAUGCCUAAAAAUCACACAAUAAUAAAUAAAAAUAACUCAAACAUGUACCCAGCCAGCGGCUUCUCCUGUAGUAGCAAGCAAUGGUGAAUUCACCUGCGGCAAGUUUACUUUUCUCCAUCUCUUCUUCUCCAGGCAACAGGCGUGCACGCAGUGAUAGCAAUAAGCUCUGGGGCGGAUCCGCAACGGAUCUGCUCUAAAGCGGAUCCGCUCUGAAGCCGGCAGCUUCGGUCUGGAUCCGUUGCUGAUCCACCCCGGAGCUUAUUGCUAUCCCCCGCCCCUCUCUGUGAUGCAUGUUGCAGCAGCCAGACCAGACUUUCUUUACGGUGAACAGCAGUGAUGAUUAAUAAUUUUUUUCACGGAGCGUAAAAGAUUAAGCCCGAGGUCCGACCCGACUCAGUUGCUUAUAUUUUUGACCCGAACCCGGCCCGAAUUCGCGGGUCCCGUCGGGUUUGUCGGGCCAGCCCGACCCGUUGAGAACUCUAGCCCCCAUGCCCCACCCCAUAAUAUAUUUCAGACUUUUCAAGGGCCCUCUCUUCCUUUGGGGCCCUGGUAAUCAGUACUGGUUUUACCCCCAGUCCGACGCCCCUGCUCCUACCAUAAUGGAGUCAAACCCUAAUGGAAGUUUACAGACAAUUGUGGAGGACUCCUCUUAUGCUGCGUUUACACCAGCUGCGGUAGAGGCUUGAAUGAUUUCAAUGUUAAGUCAAUGUAAAGACGCGUUGACACGCGUCUGAAGGUCUCGCGGCAGAGAUGAGGCUUUUGGCGCGGCGCAGAAGACGCAAAUUGAGCACCUGGCGCGGUUCCGUGCGAAUGGUGCUUUUUGUUCAUUUUGCGUUUGACACGAAUUGGUGGCUGACGCCCGAGUUGAAAAAUUUGUACAAAUGCGUGCUUUUUCCGCGCGUCUACUUCGCUGUAGACGUGCGAAUGCAUUCAAACUGUUCAAGCGGCAAACUAGGCGCGGUAGACGCAAUUUUGACCCCUGAAACGCAGUGGGUGUAAACGCAGCAUUACUGCGGCCAACUAAAUGGCUUUUGAGGAUGUUACCUAAACAAACUGAAAUUUAUUUUUGAUGUGAAUUUUAUAAAAAUAUUAAGAUUUAUUUUCUAAGUUAAUUGCACUGCACUGCAAAAAAUGACUUUUUAACGUAUUUUUGUCUUGUUUUCGAUAGAAAUAUCUGAAAAUUCUUACAUCAAGAUACAAUUUAGGUGAAUUUGUGCUUAAAACAAGCUAAAUUAUCUGCCAAUGGGGUGAGAAAAUUUAGCUUGAAUUAAGUGUUUAAGAAAAAAUAAAUCUUAUUUCACAAUUUUUUUCCUACCCCAUUGGCAGAUAGUCACUUAAAUUGUAUAUUUUUGGUCUAAAAUCUAGACAUGUUUUCUUAGGUCAUUUUUCUCUUCAAGAAAAAGCAUCUUAAUUUAAGAAUUUUUAGAUAUUUCUACUGAAAACAAGACAAAAAUACUAAGUAAGAAAGUCAUUUUUGCAUUGUGGUUAUUCACAAUAAGACCAGAAAAGUGCAUUAGGAAAAACAGUCAGUUUUGAUUUUGUGUUGACCGUAAACUAGAUAUGAAGCCUGUCGGAGACACCAGCACACCAGUGUAUUUUGCUAAAGGCCAUUAUCCAAAAAACACAUGACUACUAACAGUUGGUGGUCUUUUAAGCAGUGCAAUUCAGCAGUACUACAUCACAUUGACUAUAGUGAUGGUCAACAACUGUCAGUAGUUAACCAGCCAGUGUUGUUACUUCCCAUUGUGAAUCAGUCAAAGAGUGAUGUCCACCGAAGGGUUUAGGGUCUACGUAAUGCUUGGUAAUUGCCGAAUGUGGGUUGGAUAUAGCCACUCAUUCUUGUAAAUUUAAGUGAGGGCCGUGCUGCAUCUCAAUGGUGCAUGGCUAGCAGGGAUUGUGCGAGUCCACUGAUAAAACAAAGUGGCUGAAUAGCACUAAUGACAUUGGUGUGGCCAAUCAAAUCCAGCCCUUUAGAAGACCAUUCAAAGUGUCUUAACCUCACCAGAGCCUUACGCCUGGAGUUGACAUCAUCUCUCUCCCUGCCCCUUUGUUAUUUGUAGUUUACCCUCCGUCUCGUGUCGCAGGUUCCUAUUGGUUUUCCAUCUAUGGACUCCAUUUUAUGCGUGAAUGGUUUCCUCACAUAAUGCGAGUGCACAAAUUGAUGUAUAUAUCUGGUACAGUAGGUGUGUGUGACUAAAUCGAAGCCUUUACAGCUACCUUUUCUUAGUAAAGCCAUUAUAACCUGAGCUUUUGAGUCAAGGCUCUUUGUAGAACGGUGUGCGGUGGGUAGAUGUAAAUGUUUGCAUGUUUUUUUCUCUAACCCGUUCACUUUAUGUGCUUUUAACAGUAUUAUUAGCAGGAUGAAUCUAAUGGCUCACCGCCAAACAUUAUUCACUCGAAAUAUCUGUAAUGUUCUCUCUGUUCAUGGAAGAUGUUUUUGCUCUUCCGGUUUUCUUUUCAUUCGCUAACGUUGAUCUCGGUAUUUCUAUGUACGUAUCACAGAAGAUGGUAACAGUUGCUCACAUCAAUAAAGUAAACCGGGGUAUGUUGUCUCA